CGCCCACCUCCGCCGAGAACUGCUGGUACUCGUCGGGAAGGAUCCAGGACCGCGGAUAGAAGUCGUACUCGGCGGGGAACAACUCCUGCAUGAUGCGCACCGCUCGGCUCAGUGCCUUGCGAUUGGGUGGCGACCAGUUCAGGGUGGACCCCGCCUUCUGCCCGAUGACAGCUGAAAUCGGCUCCACCACUCCCACGACCCUCGUGAGGAUAAGCGGCUCGGGAAAUGGAUUGCUAGAUGCAAGGUACUUUCAGAUUAAACAAUAUGACCCCAGAAGGAGGCAGCUGCACCCCCAAUGGUCCACAACCUCAUCUCACUUGAGUAGAAUGUACAUGAUGAACGCGCCCACUGUCGCAGCGCCUCGCACAAAGUGGAGAGCAUGCGGGCCGCCCGGGGGCUAUAGCAUUCCCGUCUGCUUCAAUGACUCGGAAACGGAAUCGUCCGCCAGGAGUUCUCCUGUCUCGAACAAGGUCCAGAUGAUCAUUGAGAGCCUGAGGAGCAGUCAGUCCUCACUAGAGAUGAGUGACAAGUUGGAGGGGAGUGUGCUUCAGAGACGGGACAGGUCUCCCCAGGCCUGCAAGACUGCGGUAGGGUCCCUCGUGACAGCCAAAUCCAAGACAAAAAAAUGUCAGACUGGUGUUCCUUUCAACGACAGUGACCAGAGCAGCGAUAGCGAUGACUCCGUGGACAAAGGAAUCGAGGAGGCCAUCCUGGAAUACCUAAAGAAGAAAGACGGCCAGAAACGCAAAGCGGAACCUUUUGUUCAGUCAUCCAGGCAAACCGUUCCUGAAAUAAAGUUGGAAAGCCAGGCCUUUACCAUCAUGAGAAGCCACUUCCCCAAAAGCGUCAUCCAAGAGACAGCAACUACUCCACCUGUAAAAAAGUACAUCAAACACAAGGCCUCGCUUCACGAGGCCGUUGUCAGCUCCGAGUUGGCACGCAUCAUGCUGCAAGAUCAGGGGACAAACGCCAUGAGCCCAAACGGUCUAGGACCCAAAUUAAAAUUGGAGGACGUUUCCAACGAUUCCAGCAGUGACGACGGCAUCGAGGAGGCCAUUCGGAGUUACCAGCUGAAGAGGAUUGAGCAGCAGACCGGCGGGGAUACGUUCAAACCGCUCGCCUCCGUGGAAGAGUCGGACUCCUCCAGCGACGACGGCAUCGAGGAGGCCAUUCGCAGCUAUCAGCUUGAGCAGCUCCGAGAGAAGAGCGUCCCCAAAUCACAAGACAGUUCCUUGCCCAACGCCUUUGGAAAUAAAAGCGUCGACUGCACUAGAAACAAACUCAAAAAGAAGAAGGCGGCAAGAUCGACGCAACCGCCGUCUCAGUUUCUCCCGACUGAUUCGCUCAACGUCAGUCAGAGAAGCAUAAGCAACGAUUUGCUCUCAUUCAGAGUUGAAGGCUGUACUGACCAGCCUGCCCCCACCCUCCCAAAAGCCAAUACUACCGCCGAGCUCAUGUGUGCAGAAGCGAUACUUGACAUCUCCAAAACGGUCAUGCCUGGAGCCUUCAUGUCCCUUCCUGAUGUCAGCCCGAGUGACUGCGCCCCUGCGGGAUCCCUGCAAUGUUUCGCACCUCCAGAGGAGGACAGCGGGGGCAGCUCGGUCGACAGUGAAGACGGGAUCGAGCAAGAGAUUAUGAAAUUUCUUGAGCAGAAGGCGCAAAUGCUCAAACGUCCACCCUCGGAACCGACAACGACAAAACAAGAUGCAACGACGAAGAAAUAUCCCAGGUUGUCUUUAACACAGAAGCAGAAACACAAAGACAACACAAGCGCAGUGUCUGCGGUCGACGCGACUAGCAAACCUUUUGAGCCACAAAGCCCACCGGUGGUCUCACAGAGAUCGCAAGACAAGGCUGAGCAAAGUGAAGAUAAGAGCAGCUCACUCGACAGCGACGAGGAUCUCGACACGGCCAUCAAAGCCCUCCUCAAGACGAAGAAGAAGUCCAAGAGGAAGACGCGGUCCGAGCGGGAUUCUCGGAAGCGCCCGAUUUUGGAAAGUGGACCAAUGCGAACCGCAGCCAAAAAGACAAAACUCGUUCCUUCGUCCAAGGUUACCGUUUUGAAGAAGGUCCACAAGAGGAAAAGCGACUCAAAAAACACGCUGGGAUCAUUUAAGAAGACUGCGCCACCAGAUAUGUUCACCAGUAAAAGUCUGGGAAACUGUUGUGAGAAUGAAGUCCAAAGGCCUCUGCCCACAACUCCUCGCCAGAGCAAAGAAGAGAGCAGUUCAGUAGACAGCGACGACAGCAUCGAGCAGGAGAUCCGAAAGUUUCUCGCUGAAAAGGCCGAGAAGGUUUCCACGAGAACGAACGAAGUGCCCCGCAACGGUGCCGCCUCCGUGGACCGCGUCCCCCUGCGAAGUGACCUUGAACAGGAAGAUCAGCUGGCUGAGAUUCCGAGACAAAGCGCGAGUCCUGCGGGCUUGGCGCCCACUGCCGUUGGUCCACAGUGGCCCUGCAGCCCCAGAACUUCGCCGUGGUCCGCUCGAGUCGAACAAAAGCCGGCAACACCUGCGAGGGCCGACGACGAAAAAAAUGAGACCGUCCCGCCUCUGGAUCAGUCCAUCAAGUGGCGCCAGAGUUUCGGACUCCCCAUCAUAGAUCCAAAAACUUUCAGCCGAUCGACCUUUCACAUCAGCUCCUCCAAAAUGAGAGCUAGUCCGUCCCCCGCGUCGCCUAGUCAAGCAAAGGCCGGUGGGCUCAAACCCCCCACCGCGGCCUCUCUUUGGUCCUCUCAGAGACAAUUUUGGUCUCCAGACAAAAUCGUAAAGACCCCCACGACUAGCCCCGCCUUAAACCCUUUCUCCGUCGUGGUUUCCCCCAAGCAGCGUCAGGGCGCGGCCAGCACGGUGCACGUGCCGCGAGACAAGAGCGUGUUUGUCGAGCUGGAGUCGGGUCGGACCAACCACGUCCAGGUGCAGAGCAGGCAGAGCGAUGAGGGAAAGGCCAGGGCAGACCAGGGCGCAGCUGCUAAAGAUGCGCAACUAGAAGAAGCUGAGGACGAGUUUAUAGAUGAGUCAGAAGGUGACAGUCCAGAGAAGAAGCCGAGCACUUUGUCGUUGUCCUGCGCCAUCGACCCCGGCCUCGUCUUUGAGCCGUGCAUCGCUCUUUCCACGGAGGAGCGCAGCAGCAUGUUCAGGACGAAAUACCCCCAAAAGAUAGACAAGAUGAUACUUAGCGUCAAAAGAAAGCUUCACUUUGUUCCGGCACACAGGAGGAUUGACGAGGGCAGAUUGUAGGCCUUGACACGUUCAGCACGAAGUUAACGUUGGAUUUUUGUGUUUUCCAACUGGACCCCGAUGUUGCACAUUUGCACCUGUUCGCUCGCGGCAGCGGUUUUCUGUCAUUUGGUUGAGCCUCUGUUGAUAAUCUGACCUCUCCGUCCACGUCGGUGCCAUUUGCACUUUUUUUUUUUUUUUUUUUCGUGUGUUGACUUUA